AGGAGGGCUCGUCGACGCUGGAGUGGUCAACCGAAGCAGCAACAACAACUACAACCUCCUGAUGACUUUGGCCGCCAUCCCCGAGGUACUACCCACCAGCCCCAGCCACCCGGAACCCUACUUCGACACAAUGUCUCCAAGGAAUGUAACAGCCUUAGUAGGCAAAUCCGCCUACUUAACGUGCCGCGUUCGAAACCUAGGAAACAAAACGGUGUCUUGGAUAAGGCAUCGAGAUAUCCACAUACUCACCGUGAGCAGCUACACCUAUACUAGCGACCAGCGAUUCCAAGCUAAUCAUCAUCCCGAAACUGACGAAUGGACACUGCAGAUCAAAUGGGCACAAAAACGUGAUGCCGGAGUAUACGAAUGUCAGAUCAGUACCCAACCCGUGCGAAGCUAUUCCGUCACCCUUAACGUCGUCGAUCUCAGCGAUAACGAAGAUCUGCCCGAAUCGGAAAGGGACAAAUUUUAUAGUGAUGGUAGUGAUAGUUAUCACAAAAUGUUCGCAGAUCAAGUUCCUACUGCUACGAUUUUAGGAGGUCCCGAUCUACAUGUUGACAAAGGAAGCACCAUCAACCUAACUUGUUCCAUUCGUUUUAGUCCGGAACCUCCCGCUUAUAUAUUCUGGUACCAUCACGAUGACGUAAGAAAGAAUCCACCGGUGAUCAGCUACGAUUCGAGCCGCGGUGGCGUCAGUGUUAUUACCGAAAAGGGUGAAAUCACGACCUCGUAUCUCUUAAUACAACACGCGGAUCUUUCAGAUUCCGGCAAAUACUCAUGCAGCCCAUCGAACGCAGAUGUGGCUAGCGUUCGGGUACAUGUUUUGAACGGUGAGUUCAACCCACAGUAUUCAUCCCGGUCAAGUCGCAUAUCAACGGCAACACGCACUGCACCAUCGUUCUACGCUUACUUCCUCAAUCUCGGAUUUUCGAACAUCGGUCUACGAAAACUACUCAUUCUGGCUCUCUUAAAGGCCAUCGACUGGCCGUCAAUCUUCACCUAUCUCAUUUCCAUCUUCUUCUAAAUCAUUCAUUCAUGCCAUAAUCAUCACCUAUCACGUUCUGGAUGUUUCACUCAUGCCAAGCAUCGGUGCAACCAUUUCAAAGACCACCAAAGAUCUGCGUGAAACUGCUAGGAUGAAUCGAACUUGUGUUUAUACGAAGGCUCGACGUAACUCGUUGGUCUCUUCUCGUUCAUCAUCAUCUUUCAUCCGAAUUUGUUUCGACGAAACCCCAGUUCCACUGUUAUUUAUUCGUUCUGUUUGAUUUUAUUGUUACUAUUAAUUUCUUUAAUUUUUCGUUAUUCUACUUUUCUUUAUUUUCACUCAUAUUAUACUUAAUAUUCGCAAGGGCGCAACCAUUUGAAGAGCCGAACAAACAAACAGACAAGCAAGCAAAUACAGAGAGAAACGUAACGAUCGUACGCGGUGCAUGUGCAAAAGUAGACCAAAUCAAAAGAGAGCAGGUUCCGGGUUUUGUAUAUGCCUAUGAUUUGUUGUUUUGUAGGAGAAAGACCGGCCGCUAUGCAAACAGGAUCUGCAGGACUUUCCCAAAGCGCUUUUAAGAUUUGCAUUUUCAUAAUCAUUAUC